AUGCAGUCGAAUCCCAGGGCUCAGGCUGAAGUGCAGGCCCAGCGGAAAAAAGUACGAUUUCCCGUCUUGUUCCUCAGAGAAGGGCCUGCUCACUCCUUUGAAUUUGCGGCAGACGACUUGAAGACCGUGGGGAAUUAUGCGUUAGGAAGACUGAUAGGAAAAGGCAGCUUUGGCAAGGUCUAUUUGGCAAGCCACAAGCUCACCAAUGGCUCCAAGGUAGUGCUCAAGUCGGCGAAGAAGGACGAUGCCAACCUCGCGCGCGAAAUCCACCACCACCGCCAAUUCCUGCAUCCACACAUUGCUCGAUUAUACGAGGUUAUAGUGACGGAGACCCUAGUAUGGCUGGUCCUGGAAUACUGCCCUGGGGACGAACUAUAUAACUACCUCCUCGAGAAGGGUGCGCUGGAACCUGCUAAGGUGCAGAAGAUCUUCACCCAACUGGUCGGCGCCGUAUCCUACGUUCACGGCAAGUCCUGCGUCCACCGCGAUCUGAAACUCGAAAACAUCCUCCUGGACAAAUACGAGAAUGUCAAGCUGGUCGAUUUUGGGUUCACGAGGGAAUACGAGGGCAAGUCGAGCUAUUUGCAGACAUGGUGUGGCACGGUAUGCUACAGUGCGCCAGAGAUGUUGAAAGGGGAGAAAUAUGCUGGAGAAAAAGUUGAUGUGUGGAGUCUGGGGAUCAUCUUAUACGCCCUUCUGGUCGGAGAAUUGCCGUUCGAUGACGAUAACGAGAACGUCACGAAGACGAAAAUCCUUAAGGAGGAGCCAAACUAUCCAGAGAACUUCCCACCUCAGGCUAAGGACUUGUGCCAACAACUUCUGUCGAAGCGGCCCCUGCUACGCCCAACACUCGCCGACAUCUUACAGCACCCAUGGCUCGCAGAGCAUGCGCCGAGGCAGCAGGAGAUAUUAAAGCUGCAGCAACCCGCGCCGUUUACGACGGAUCUGGAAAAGGAAGUGCUACAACGGAUGCGUGCUGCGGGCGUUGACAUUGACAUGGUCAUUGAAAACGUGCUGGCGCAGCGCUGCGACUCUCUGGCUGGCUGGUGGGCGCUGCUGCUUGAGAAAGAGGAGCGCAAAGCGAGGCGAAGAGAGCGCAAGCGCAGAGAAAAGGAGGCGGAGGCUAAGAGUUUGAAGAGACUCAGUGCUGCCAGCAGUCGCUUGGAUAAACUUGCCCCAACCAUCAAGGAAACCGAUGAGGAGGGUCUCCACUCGCCUUCGCUGGGCGAGCCGCCCAAGAGUCGAGGUAGAGCUCUCAAGCGGUCAAGCGCACACAUGGGUACUCCAGAUCUACCAAGAUUAGCAGAAUCGGGCUCAACCCCGGAACCUCCUCCUGAAACACCGCCUCCCCCCCUACAAAAAGAUCAUGUUCGCACCUCAGACUCUUUAUCCCGUCCCCCCCCUCCACCCAAGGAGCUAGAUAGAAGAAGAUCAAGGAGUAGCAUGCUCCAGAUGGUCUCAAGCAAUCCGGACCUCCUCCAUCCGAAUGGCUUCGUCCCUAAGCGUCGUCGAAAGUACCAGCCCGCCUUCAUCAACCACCUUGCGAGCUUUAGGAAUUGGAUCAAGGAAACAUCAAAAAGGGCGCGCUCGCCUAACACGAAAGCGAGCAGCAAAAAAUCUCCCACUGUACCACAGCACAAAUCUCCUGAUCCGAAUAGACGUGCCAGCACCGCCAGUCGUUCGCCAGGAUUACCUCCUAACAACAUCACCCCACCAUCGACACAAAUACCUGUCCGACCGAGAGUAUCUACACAUAACUCUGCAAAUCGCCUUUCCGCUUCCCCGGCACCCCUCACCCCUCGUGGAUCCUACCGUCGCUCAUCUGGUGGCCUCCGAGGCCGCAAAUCCACAUCUUCAUCUGUCUCCUCAAUCCGCUCCAUGCCACAUCACCACCACACCCACUCCAAAGCCUCAUCCACCUCCUCCGCCUCCCUCGCCUCACCCGCCGUCUCCGUGUCCGGCCACCACAAAACAAGGUCUCCGCACUCCUCCGUCAAAGUCCUUCCCGCCACGCCAACGUCGUCCUCCUUUCCCAGCAACAUCCGCCUCGUCCGCGCUCCCCUAACCGAAGGCGGCGCAGCGUUCAGCAACCUGCCUCCUCCGUCCCCAGGCCUCAUUUUCGCGAAGCGCAAAAGAAGUCCGUUUAAAGGUCCGAUGCUUAGCGUGAAUACUCACCAUGGGAAUCUGGGGUCGCCGAGCUCAUCACGUUCUCGUGGGACAGAGGGGGUGGGGUCGAGGAGCCAGAGUGUCCAGGGAAGGAGGAGCGGGGAGAUCAUGGGGAUUGCGGAGGAGGAAGAAGAGGAGGAGGAGGAGAUGGAGGUGGAAGAGGUGGAGGAGUUUUCACCUGUGCUUGGCGGGGAGGAGGAGGAGGUGGUUGAGCAGGAGGGGGAGGGGACGAAGAAGGAGAAGUUGGGGCCGGAGUUGCUACCGGGCAUUACGCUUAAGGUUCCGCCGGUGAAGAUUGAGAGGGGAGAAGGUGGGAAAGACGGGGAGUAGGGAUGAGAGGGUCGUGUUGUAAGAUUGGGAGAUUAUUUUCGCUUCUUUUUUUUCUCGCUGUGGUUUUCCGAUGCAAUGAUUGCAUUAUGUUCUGUAGGUUUGGGAGCUUGUUUGCUGCAUAGAGGGGUUUUUGGGGCUUUUGGCAAUGGGGGUUUGUCCUUGUUUCCUUCUCUUCCUCCUUGUUAUCAUCUACUCGUUCGCUCGUUCACGAUUUCGUUAUCUAUUUGUAUAUCUUCUAUUCCUCGUCGUCGUCUUUCUUCACAAUAUUCUUGUUGAUGGUUCUACUCAUAGACCUCUUCUUUUCUUUUUUCUUAUGUUGCUUCUACGUACGUACAUAUCUAUUCUUGUCUUCGACACGUUGUUGCACAAGCGGUUGUCGCUUGCUAGGGUUGGUUGUAUGGAUAGAUAAAGAAGUGGGGAGGAGAUGGAUAAUAAGUAGUAUGGACAGUAUAUAUACGAUGGAUUAUCC